GUGGCUAAUUGGGGUCUGCCCUUGGCCGCUCUAGGUGAUCUAAAGAAAAAUCCCGAAUUAAUUAGUGGAAAGAUGACAUUUGCUCUUCUUUGCUACUCUGCGCUGUUUAUGCGUUUCGCUAUUCGCGUUCAGCCUCGAAAUCUUCUACUAUUUGCCUGUCACUUUACAAAUGAAGCUGCUCAAGGCGUCCAGGGGUUACGGUUUAUCGAUUAUUGGUGA